CAUUUUUUUUUCAGAAAAAAAAGCAUAAAUUUACAUGCAAUUAUCAUGACAGAGCUUCAGGAAGAAGAACCACCAAUUCUCCAUAAAAUACCACCAAGAAGCAUGUCUACAGAGUCAUUUGAGAAGUUUUCAGUUGAACUUAGGUUGAAGAAAAAAAAAAAGAAGUCAAAAUUAGGAUUUAGUAGAAGUAAAAUGUCACGGAUGUUUCUACAUCUAUUUGUUUGUUGUGUUGUACCAUCUGAGCAUCUUUUGAAUAAAGAAAAACAAGAAAACAAAGAGAUUAAAGAUUCAGAAGCGUUAGACUUAAAAUUGGGAGAAGAAAGUAGCAUCAGAAAUGCAUUUCUUGAAAAUCAAUCAGAUUUAUCUAAGAUCUCAACAAAUGAGAAUUCAAUCAGUAUAGAAGAAGGGAAUAUGGAUAUUUUAUUAGGAAAUCAUGAAGCCAGAAGGGUAGAAAUUAAUGAUUCGAUUAGAAAACCGCUAUUUUUUGAUACAUCGGACAAGACAGAUGUAUCUCAUUCAACAACGGAUUCACUUGAACCUAGUGUUAAUUCUAAAUGGCUUUUAGGACCAGUUCUUGAAGCAGAUAAAGGGAAAAAGUGUCUUGUUUUAGAUUUAGACGAAACACUUGUUCAUUCUUCAUUUAAAGUUAUUCAUCAGGCAGAUUUUAUUAUCCCUGUAAAAAUCGACUCUACAUAUCACAAUGUUUAUGUCAUUAAGCGUCCCGGUGUAGAUUCAUUUAUGAAGCGAAUGGGGGAACUUUUUGAAAUUGUAGUUUUUACUGCAUCUCUUUCUAAAUAUGCAGAUCCUGUAUUAGAUAUGCUUGAUAUCCAUCACGUUGUUAAACAUCGAUUAUUUCGAGAAUCAUGUUUUAAUCACCAAGGGAAUUACGUUAAGAAUUUAUCGCAACUUGGGCGUGAGUUAAAAAAUGUUUUAAUUAUUGAUAAUUCUCCUGUAAGUUAUAUAUUUCAUCCAACACAUGCUGUACCCAUUUCGAGCUGGUUUAACGACUCACAUGAUACUGAAUUACUUGAUUUAAUACCCUUUUUAGAAGAUCUGACAACUGUUCCUGAUGUAACUACAGUUCUUGACCUAAGUCUCCAUGAAUCUUAAUUAUUUUUUUCGAAAAAAAAAAAGAAAAUAUUAACUACAUGAUAUUAAUCUUGCUUAUCUAUUUAUCUAUUUUAUCUA